AUGUCUGACCUGAAGCUCAUCUCGACAAAAGAAGUCUCAAAGCAUUGCACAUUAGGCCACUGCUGGCUUGUUGUGGAGAACAAUGUCUGGGAUUUCAGCGAGUUCGCGAGUAUUCACCCAGGCGGGGAAGCUGGCCACGAUGCAACGAAAUCCUACUUGGAUGUGCAUAACACUGGCCUUGUUGAGAAAACUCUCUCUCCCUCGAAGCUCAUUGGUCGACUCGAUAUUAACACAGUCGAUGUUGAAUGGAACGAUCGCCUAAAUCCAGACAGCCUUCUACCUUCUUCAAACACUAAAACAACCCCAAGGCCCCCUCUAUCUUCUAUUAUCAAUACGCAUGACUUUGAACAAGUCGCUAAGGACACAUUUUCCAAAAAGGCGUGGGCUUUUUAUUCAUCGGCAGCCACAGAUCUCGUUUCACUGGAGGCAAACAAAUCUUUUUGGAACCGUGUUUGGUUUCGACCACGGCUCCUACGCAAUGUCAAGAAUGUGGACACGCGGUGUGAAAUGCAAGGCAUGGGAUCAUCUUUGCCUAUUAUGGUCGCGCCAGCUGCAAUGGCAAAGUUGGCCUAUGAGGAAGGAGAGAAGGGAAUAGCUAAAGCUGUUGCGAAGAAUGGCAUUAUUCAAUGUAUAGCAACGACUGCAUCAUACCCAGUAGAAGAUAUCGUGGCUUCUGUUCCGGCCAAUACAAACUUCAUAUUUCAGCUUUAUGUCCACAAAGAUAGGGGUUUAACGGAGACUCUUCUUCAGCGGGUCUGGGCGGCAGGAAUACGAACGAUCAUGGUGACAAUCGACUCCCCAUCAGCUGGCAAGCGAGAAGCAGACGAAAGAAUCAAAACAGAACAGGCCAUCUCAAUGCCCAUGACAGGCACCGUAUCAAGAAAUGACAAGAUAGGAGGUGGACUCACACGCACAACGGGUGGCUUCAUCGACAACUCCCUCGACUGGAGUGAUCUCGCAUGGUUUAAGCGUAUCUGGAAGGGAAGAUUAAUGAUCAAGGGCAUUCAGUGUGUGGAAGAUGCAAAGCUUGCCGCGCAAUAUGGCGUCCAUGGAAUUGUUCUCAGCAAUCAUGGGGGACGAAACUUGGACACCUCCCCUCCGGCUUUGCUGACUCUUUUGGAACUACGGCAUUAUAAUUCCAACAUUUUCACGCAAACUGAAGUUUAUAUUGAUGGUGGGAUUACUCGAGGAACCGAUAUUUUGAAAGCAUUAUGCCUGGGAGCUAGCGGCGUGCUCAUCGGACGCCCGUUCUUGUACGCUCUCAGCUAUGGUGAGGAGGGGGUGUCCCAUCUAAUUGAUUUGCUCCAAGCCGAACUGGAGAGUGCGAUGAGAUUGGUUGGAAUUACACACACAUCGCAGGCGCACCCGGGUUUGGUCAACACUAGAGACCUUGAUUACUUGGUGUCAACACCUUUUCCUGGAUCCAGACUUCUUUCCAAACUCUAG